AUGAACCCCUGGCUCGUGUUAUACGGCCACUCGCAACUUGAUGCUGACGCUGCCAGCUUGACCAUUAUUGUCAACCGGCGUGAUCGCCAGGCAUUAUUACGAUCGAAGAAAAGUCCUGACGAGCGCCUGCGCAAUCUCGAUGCCGUCUCACCGACUCGCACGCUGGAGCAGUGGUGGACCACCACGAAGGGGAAAAUAGGUCUUCCCGAAGCUGUGGAUGGUCAUUUUGUAUGGUAG